AUGGGGAUUGUAGUGAGCGGAGAGGAUGGGAACUUGGGGGUGUCCAAUGAGCAACAGAAGAUCAAUCAAAUUGCUGCCGAAAAUGACUAUGGCCUCUUCAUGGCGACUUUGGACCAGGUUCUAGUCUUUCUAGGGUCGUGGUGGACUUCUUCGCUCGCUGGUCGAGUUCAGACGUUUAAAAGCUACACCAAUGUGCCCAUCAUCAACAUCAUAAGAUAUGAGCGCACCGCUGUUGGAGUUCUGGGUUUUCAUUUUGCCGGAAUCCCAGCCUGGGCGAUGUCGUCCUGCUUGUCGAUAUGCCGACAUCAUCCACUCGACAAACUAAUCGUUACCACCCAGGACCAGCUUCUCCGCCAUAUAACCAACGAGUUCUUCUCUCGGAUAAUCAAAUCGUCAUUUUCGUUUGUACAUUUCACGUAUGACCCGGAUGCGAUUCGAUCUUUCGAGACAUAUAUGCAUUCUAUCCUCCAGUCUAUUCACCUAGUAUCUCCGUAUGCAUUACCGGGCGUACGCUUCUUCCUUCCAUUCAGCAGCACCUCCUUAAUUCAGUUUCCGUCUAUUCCACAAGUUCUCUCACUCGGCUCCCUAAGUGGGUUUGCGGCCAGCCUGUUGAGUUCUCCUGCUGCUUUGGUAUAUCUCUACUGCUAUAUACGACCGCUCAUCGAAGUGCGGAUCUACCGUCUAAUACGUCGAAGACUGCCAAAACCAGAUCGAGCUGAUGAUCUCUCAUUACGUGUUGCAUUCGAGAAUGAUCUCAUCGAUUGGAUGGUGCCAACGUUGGGCCGUCGAGCAGAAGAAGAAAAUCGUCGCACCCACCUCACAUUAGCCGAGGAUAUUAAAUAUGAGCUCUGCACGUUUAAGAAUUGGCUUCUCUCUUGGUUUGAUCCGAAGGCUAGUUGGUCUUCAGGCUCUGAUGACCGUUCCAUCUCUAAACAGGAGAGAAUAAAAAUGCUACGGAACUGCAUUGAGGAGUUGCAGGGUGAGAUAAUAGCCGCGCAAGCUAGGACUGAACUACUGGAGCAGCAACAAACUGGUGGCACAACUCUCCCCCAACAACAAGCUUCUUCAUCUGGUCCAAUCGAACAGAUAGUCCCUACUUCGCCAGAAUGGACACCUUCUACACCAACGCCAGCACCAGAGUCACUCUUCGACACACAAGUUCUAUCAAACGAAGAAAAUCGCAUUUCUCAGUCCCCUGCUGAGAUGAGCGGAGAUUAUUUUCAAGAAAGAGACUCACCAAGAAGAGCAAGAUCUCAUUCCUCUCCUGCUGCUCCAGUAGGACAUUUGUCUAAUAUAGAUACCCAACGAAAUAACGAAGAGAAUGAGCACUCACGAAUCUCUCGCUCUAAUACUCUGUUCUCUCAGCCUUCGUCUCCUGACACGUCUCCCCCAACAUCGCCCCGAGUACGGGCAUCAUUGAUCCACCAGAAUUCAGAUAUCAUCACGAUGCAAUUGGAAUUGCUUUCAAACCGCAACCAGCAAAAUCGAAACCAACAGAGCGAGCGACCUAGUGCUGCCGGUGAAGAACAAGGCCAGGUCUCGGUAACCACCGACCACGGUUCCAUUACAGAAUUACUGGAUGCACUGCUUUCAACUCAGGAACAAAACCUCACACAACAUCAUUCUGAUGUCGGCGACAGUGAUGGCCUCUCCAGUCUGACAGCAGGGGUCUCUCCCACUUCAGCAGAUCUUCCUCCGGUCCCCGUCCCUCAGCCCCAAUCCCAUACAAUACCAGCUGAAGACACCAUCUUUGAAUCCCCAGUGGAAGUGCCGAUUUCGAGUCUUGCAAACAUACUUCCUGACGGAAUCGAAGAACCACCGAUUGACGACAUAGAAAAUCAAACUCCUGGCCCGACCUCUAGUCUUGAGAACCAACUCGAUACCGAGUCUCGUCCUCCCAUGUCCCACUCAAAUGCUCAUCGACGUUCUAUCACCAGCCAGUCAUCAUCCCUUGCUCAUCGAGUGACGAUUCUCUCCUCCCACCCAGUUGACUCUCUCGCCUCGCAUCUCGCAUCCAUGAUUACAACAGCUCUGCUCUUUCCAUUGGAAUCUCUCUAUCUUCGCUCGCUUGCACGGACUUACCUUUCAUUAGCUGGGUCUUCUGUCGUUUUUCGCUCCGACGUUCGUGACCUAGGUGCUUGGUUCGGAGGUGGAUCCCGGUCCGACAUGGUGAUGUACAUGGGCAAGGUCUGCAUGCUGGUUGGGAUCCAAACUGCUGUAAAUGCAGGCGUAUGGGGUGUAGUUACCAGCCUAGCAAUGAAGCUUGGUCGUGCACUAUGUGGCUGGGGGACUUUUUGA